CCCGAGCGGGGUCGAGGCCGCGGGGGCGUGCCGCGCGGAUGGAGGCGGCGGAUGGAGCGCCGGCGUGGGCCUGGCGGGAGCUGCACAGCGGCGCCGGCGGCGCGCUGUGGGCGGGGCAGAGCCCCCACCUGCUGCCGCUGGCGCGGCUACCGCCCACGGCACCGCCGCGGGAGGCCGAGGUGCAGCUCCCCAUCUACCUGCUGGGCCUCGCCGGCGGCUACUACGCCGAGGAGUUCGGAGGCGGCCAGCUGCGCCCCAUCCGCGACGCCGUGGUGCUGGAGUGGGCCGGCGGCGCCGGCGGCGUCCGCUCCGCGCGCGCGGUGGAGCUGCCCGGAGACGAGCACCCGUUGCUGCACGGCGCCGCCAAGGCGAGAUUGGCCGAUGGGAGUUUCCUCUUCUUCGGCGGGGGCAACCCGGCCGAGUCCUCCUCCGCCGUCAGCCGCCUGCGGGUGCACCCCGCGCUGCAGCGCGCGCCGGCGGACUCCGCAGAGGUGGCCCGCCUGCUCGACGAGGCGGGCGGCCCGCACUCGCGGUGGGCCGCCGUGCGGCAACCGGACGGAACCGUGUCGCUGCUGGCCCCGGACCGCGCCGCGCCGCCGCUGAGCUGGUCCGGCGUGACGCCCGCGGGGCCGUCUGCACCCUCGGCGCGGCACGGCCUCCACGCAUGCGUGGCGCCGGACAGCGGUGAGUUCGUCAUCUUCGGCGGCCGCGGCGACGCGCGCUCCCCGGGCUGCUGCAACGACGUCUGGGCGUUCGACCACGCCAACGACGCCCGCCCCUCAUGGCGGGAGGUGCGCACCCGUGGCACCGCGCCCCCGCCGAAAGUCUGGUACGGCGCGGCGGUUGUCGCCGGAGGCAAUGAUUGGAUUAUUUACGGCGGUUCGCAGUGGCAGUUCGAGGAGGACGACGCCAUGGACGCCGGUGUGGUCUGGGUGCUUGCGCUGCGGACGGCCACAUGGUCUUGCUGCGCACCCGCCGCGGGUUCCCCGUCGCCGGAGUUGCUCAUUGCGUGCUCGCUUGUCGAGGUCGCCGGCGGCAUUGUCGUGCUUGGAGGCUGCAUGCCUCACAAGCUCGGGCAGGUGCGCGACCACGCCCGCGCGUUCGAGAGGUGCCAUCUCUGGUACUCGUCGCUCGCUCGGCUUUGGCGAUUCGACCUGGUGGCGCAGCGGUGGGACUGCGAGGGGUCCUCGUGGUCGGGCGUGCCAGAGCCCGCUGACACGCUGCUCCGCUCCCACGCCGCUGCGUUGGUCGUGCCCGGCGGCGCAGGCGCCGAUGGCGACGGCGGCAGUUGCACUGGCAGCGACGACGACGACGACGACGACUAGAG